AUGGGCAACUGCCUCGCUCAGAGAACACGAGAGCUCCAGCCCAAACUCAACAUUCAAGAACAAAUCUCCAAAUUCACCAAAAACAACGGCAAAACGGAAAAAGUCAAAGUCACUCCCACCGUCGUCAUCAUAGAGGACGAGGGUUCUUUUGCUUGGAUGGAAUCAGCAACUGCUUCUGCUUAUCCGACCCAGAGGCCGAGUGCGACAUUGAGCCAAAUAUCCGCGGAUUUUGAAAUGAUCGCGUUAGCAAACGACUCGCAGGAUAAUCGCCGGAACAUGAUGAUUGAAGAAGAACUCGAGCAAGCGGAGCUCGAUCUGCAGCUCAAUCAACUCAGCUGA